AUGAUCCUUGCUCUUGAGCUGGAGGCCCAAGGCCUGUACAAAAUGCUAACCGUAAUUCGGUUUGCCUUCCGUAGUCGAGCCCGUGAACUCUACAAACAAGGCGACUGUCACGCCUUCUUCUUGCACAACCCUCCACUUACUUCCAUCGAGAUGUCGAUACUAGCAAAGCCAUCCCCUCGGCGACCUGCUCUCAAUACUCCCAGCGAAAUUAUCUCAGUCAAUACCAAGUCCUCCAAAUCGCCACACACAACCAUGGAAGUCACUGAGGUCUCAACCGAGGUUUCUGCAAUGUCCAACAAGAUACUGGACAUUGUGUUCCUAUAUGCGCUCAACAAGUUCAGUGACACUCAAGACCGGUUGGAGGCAGGCAGACCCAAGUUCGUCUCUGUCGUCGACAAGUUUGUUGCAGCAGAGGAGCCGGUCAAAAUGUGUCUUCCAGCCUUUCCGUUCAAGUCAGCCAACAAGGUACACAAAGUACUCGGAAACCUACCCGACAAAGCGGAAGAGUUGGCACUGGACCGACUGAACACGAUGUGCUCGCGUAUCAAAGACAUCUACCCGCCAGGAGCAAAGCUCACAAUCAUCUCAGAUGGUCUAGUCUACAAUGAUCUCCUUGGUAUUCCGGACCGUGAUACUUGGAACUAUGGAGAAGCUCUGAGGGAGAUGUGCGAACAAAAGGGAUUCAAACACAUCGACUUCUCCAGACUGAAGGAUCUUGCAACAUUCCCUGGCCUUCCUGAAAAACUCCAAGAGAUCAGUUAUGUUGCGAACGCCACCAACUUCCGUCGUGUUAUUCUGAACAAGUACGGCAAGGAGGACAUCAACAUCGACAACGAGAUUGCCACCAACCCUGACACCAAACUUACAUAUCUUGGCUAUCGUCGAUUCCUCGAGUCGGAUCUGCAAUACAUCUUCCCCCUCGGAGGAGGCCGAACUAGCAACGGCUACAAACGUGACGUGAAGUAUUUGGCAAAGCAAAUGUUGAUCCGGGGCUACGCUUUCGCUGGCGCAUGCAAGAGUGCGUUCCCAAACCACUUGCGUCUCUCCAUUCACCAGUCAGUUGGAGAACACAAGGUAUCCAUGAGUCUACUCAACACUAAGACGGGUUACACAACUCCAUGGCAUUGCUGUGUCGCUCUGAUGGCAGAUGGCGAGUGGGUCAGUGCACCCAUGGGAGACUUCCAGUCAGAUCCGAGAUUCGAGGUCGUGCACGAAAACGGCCGGCCCAGCUACUUUCGCGAACUCACUGGAGAGAACGGCGCGAUCAUUGAACUGCAGUCCGAGCCGAAACAGCAAGUUCCCAUGACGCCGCCACUGGCCAACGAAGUUUCGACGCCUACGAAGAAGGCCCCGUCGCCUAAAACCAAGGGGAACUUGAAGAGGAAAGAUCCGCGCCCCGAGCAUGAACACAACAAGGCUGCGAAGAGUGAAACUUCCGUCAUCGUCACCGGCUUCCUCCUAAAUCUCGUCAUGGCUCUUACGACAGCCAGCGUCCUCUCCACAUUUUCAAGCGAGUCCCAUUCGUUCAAGCCGCAGAGCCCUUUGCUGUUGACUGCAAUUUCACUAGCAGUAUUCUCAACUGCAUCGGAGGCACGGGUUGUACGCCGAUUAUCUAGCAUGUGGUGA